GUCCUUCCCCCUUAAUAAACUUCAUCAAUAGCUGCACCAGCUGAUCUCUGUGCCCGUCAUUAAGUCUGACUUGAGCCGCAACAAGGACAAUGACAGGACACCAAUGGGGAUACGGGAAAGAGGACGGUCCUUCAGCAUGGCACAGACAGUACCCAGUUGCCAAAGGAAACCGCCAGUCUCCCAUUGACAUAAUCCCAAACGAGGCUAGACGUGACAGCACACUGGGUCCUAUUUUCCUAAAGUAUGACCGGUGUAGGUCCCUUAACAUUGCCAACAAUGGCCACUCUGUAGUUGUGGAGUUUGAUGACUCUGAUGAUCGCUCAGUGGUUCUAGGAGGCCCUCUUGACCACCCUUAUAGACUGAAGCAGUUUCAUUUCCACUGGGGUGGAAAAGGAUGCGAAGGAUCUGAGCACACUGUUGCAGGAGUUGGCUAUGCAUCAGAGCUCCAUGUAGUUCACUGGAAUGCUGUUAAGUACAAGACCUACAACGAUGCAGCAGCAGCUCCUGAUGGUCUUGCUGUCCUUGGCAUCUUUUUAGAGCUAGGUGACGACCACAGAUGGCUCCACAUGAUAACAGAUGCUCUGUACAUGGUUAAAUUUAAGGGCAGCGUCACAGAUUUCAAAGGUUUCAACCCUAAGUGCCUCCUACCCAGCAGCCUCCACUACUGGACCUACCUAGGGUCGCUGACCACACCUCCCUUACAUGAGAGCGUCACCUGGAUUGUCCUGAAGGAGCCAACCGUUGUCUCGGAAAAGCAACUUGGGAUGUUCCGAAUGCUUCAGUUCAAUGGUGAAGAGGAAGAUCAGAGGAUGCGCAUGGAGAACAACUUCAGGCCUCCACAAAAUCUCAAAGAGAGGAUAGUGCGUUCCUCCAAUUAAAUUCACCUCAGUACAUGUCCACUUGUAGAUGUCAAAACCAGUUUUUAAGCCACAGAGCAUGCUUUGAUGUGUGUGUACUAUUGCUGCCAUGGUAAUUCAUCCAGAAGCGUUUUAAUCCAUUUUGCACAAAGUAAUAUGAGCAGAUGUAAGAUUCUGCCAGAACAGAGAUGCUGUUUUUUUUGUUUGUUUGUUUGUUUUUGGUUUGUGUCUCUUUUGGUCUCAAAUCUUAGUGACUGGCAACCUUUGGGAAUAUACAUUUAUAUAUAAAUCUUUUUUGGAAAAUAAUUUUUUUUAAAGGGAUUUGACAAUAUUACAACAAAUGAGUUGUCAAAUAAAAAAAAAACAACAUAUCCUUAGUUAUAAGUUUAAGGUCUGAUUUAGAUUCCAACACCAGCAGCAGCUAAUCAAUGAGAACAAGCAACACAGUGAAAUUACUAGCAGCAAGUUCUAUCAAGUUUAGAGAGUGCCAACAGCCUGACCAUUGAUCAGUGAUCAUUUAUCCACUGUUUAUCUGCUCUGUUAAUUGCUCUGCUGUCCAUGAUACAGGGCCUUCAUUUCUCAGGUACUUUAUUGAUUGCAUAUUUAAAGAUUUAUUUCUAAAAAGAUGUGUUUUUGGGAUUUAUUAAGAUUCGACAGCACUAACACAAUAGAUGUUUUAUUAUAAAAAGUCGUUCAAAUGUAAGACUGUGAUCUGCUGGAUUUAUUAUAUUGGUUAAAUUGUUCCUCUAUACAGUAUGAUUAUUGCACACUUGUUUGGUUAACUUCUGAAUAAACCUGUUUUUAAAUGCCUGACAGAAGGUUUUGUGCUGCAUUUAGGAAAGUAAUAAUCAGUUUGGGUAAUGUUACUUCCUGACUGUAUUGAAACGCACAACUGAUAAGUGGCAUGCCAUUUAUGGUUGUUUUGUUGCAAGAAAUGUUAUUUAUGGGUGGCUUAAAUAUGUUUUUUUAAAAAUGUAUUCCGAAAUUUAGAUUAAACUAAAUUAAAUGCUUAA